AUGUCUACAGCAGAUGCGUUGAUCGCCGUGGCCAGCACUAUCCUCUCACGUGCUGAGGGCCUCCUGAUGACGGAGAUGAAUAAAAAAGGAAGAAAGUUCAAAUACGUGAACGACGCUUUCCAGAGAGUUCAGGAAGAAGACAAGCACUUGAUCAUCCACCCACAAGACCUUGACGAGGGUCUCUCCACGAUUCUGGCUUUUGCUAUUUUGCAGAGUAUAGAUGAAACGCUUUUUGAGAGGUUUCCCGACGUCUGCUUGGCGAUCGUGGGUGCAGCUGGUGAGAUAGAGAGAAACGGCUGGUACGAGGAAGAACACUCCUCUGUGAUUCCAUACAAACAGCUGAAAUUCACCUACACGUCUGAAACAAGACAGCAGGCCAUGGACUUUGCUAAAGGUGUGAAAGAAGAACAUUUGCAGCAUGCUGUUGUCGUUUUGUAUUGCGCUAAGCUCUGUUUCUUCCAUACAGAUCACCACAUUGGCAAUAAGCUAGACGAUCCAUACAUGAGAGAGUAUGUGGAACAGAAUUUUGGAGAAGAGGCUGCGCAGCUGCCCGAAGUGAUUCUGGCGUUGAAAUCCUUCGUCCACUGGGCCAACAUCAAGGGUAUUCUCUGGAAGUUGAAGGUGCCUCAUUUGGACAUUGACGAGGCCUUGAGAAACAAGUUCUCAAGCUUUCCUGACCCACCUGAGGAAUUAUACGACGUGGUCUACAAAAGAUACCCCAGCGGAACUUCCAAGUACCUGCUCAUCCGGAAGUCGCUCGACAUUAUGGCCGACUACGACUAUGCCAAGGUCAUUCCGUUCCCUGAAGGACCCGAGUACGAUCUUCACUGGAUCUACGAUCUCUGCCACAAGAUCGAGUCGGAUCCCAUCAGGUACCAUCUUCGUGCAUCGCUGAAGCGCUUGUGUACGAAUCCUGUGAACCUCAACGACUUGUCGAAGGAGCACAAAUCACAAAUCCAGACAUUGCUCUCGUUAGUCAGCAUUGUGCUCAAUGUGUUCAGAAUCGAGGAGGGCGAGACGCUUCUUCUGAACCUGAAGAUUCCGCAGUUUGGCGACGACUUGAUCGACGAGUAUGAGGAGUAUUAUUACAAGCUUGUGGACGUUUUGACCAAGAUCGAUGAGUACCUCAGUAAGGGCUGGGGCGCCGACGAUAUCGUGUUGAGAUUGUACAACAGCAACACGAGAAACAUUCAUGAUGAAGUGAACCACAUGAGGGACGCUUUCUCCGAGGACUACGAGUAA